GGGAGGAACAGCAGGGGGCACAGGUAGUGCUACUAGCAGUUAUUUUCCAGCCGGGUUGUCUCCGCACCUGCAGCCGAGCGGCAUGGGGGCUACCAGCAGUGGGCGUUAUGGCAGUACCGGAUCGGUUGGAGACGACCGUCGGGGCACCUCUCCAACCGGCGGCUUUUUGGCGCGGAGCCCCACUUCGAGCGGCAGCCGCGCACCCGAAGUAGAGGAAGGCGAUUUGUUGCAACGGAGCAAUUCGGGGCUUCAGGAGCGCCGCAGGCCCCUGGGCUACCAGACGCAGCUGAGGGUCAUGGUGCAAAGAAACAUCAGCAACAACGCGGCUAACUUUCCAGCAGCAGGCGUGCGCGCCGGAUCGGAACCGGAACCUGGUGCGACGACGCCACCGACACCCUGGCCGACGAACGAGACGCAGCAACAAGUCUAUGGGUGGGCCGUCCCGCCGAGCUUCUUCGAAUUUGGCAUAGGCGGCUGACGCUUUUUAUUUUGCAACACAUUGCUUAAGAUCUCGCUCUCGGUCUUAAACUUGAAAACUAAAAAAUUGCGGCUUUCGUGCCAAUGUCAACUUUUUGAAAAAACUUUUGCUAUAUCACCCAGAGUCACUUUCUGGAAUAAGUAGUGCUCGGACCUGUACCUGUACGUCAUCAUCGAAAGUCCGCUCGUUUUUUUUCAUCGAGAUUUGAACAAGAAACGGCGUGAUGAUCAUAUUUUCUUUUCAAUAAAAUGAAUAUCUGAAUCACUCUGUCACGGAGAAGAGGUAAAACUAAGUCGGCAAAGAUUAUAGUUACAUAUACCUACAGUUGUACUUGAUAUAUAUCAUAAAGAAGAUGUUGUCAGAGUGAAAAACGAUCACACAGCAACGGUACAGGCGAAAUAAGAAUAUACAAAACUAUAACUAAUUUUCGAAAAAUAAAGCAAAGUCUCUAAAAGAGGCAAAAGGGCAUGCUCCUCGAAAGGUAAAAGGAAAACCGGCGCAGAAGGAGUGUUGUCUCUUGUACUGCUACACAGCGAAAUCUAAAAACCCUUAUAGUUAUAUAUUUCAUAGGCACUCACGACUGCUGGUCGGCUCUCUAUUGGUUGGUAUUUAGGUAGGUUGGCUCUAUUCAUUGGUCACUUUUCUUAUGCGAAGGAGCAGGCUUGCGCUUGUUUUAGUAUCGGUAGGUAAGAAGCAUUGGCUAUGAUAGGCACUUACGGUAGUUCUGGUUGGUAGGCGUAGGCUUUUGCGCCCUCUAUUGGUUUCUUGGUAGCAGGUCAAAGGUUGUGCGUAGGCUAAGCAGGGUUGAGCGUGGCAGUUUUGGUCUUUCGCUGCCUAUCUCGAGAAAAAACAUUUCUACCGCCGCUCACCACGAGCGAGCAUCUGUAACACUCAUCCACGAGUGCUUCAGAAUACUGAAUCUGAAUCUGCCGCCGGUUGUCCGAG